CCCUGGUACACGCACUGCUGAACUUGUCAUCUUUUAUACAAAUUUACCACCUAAACUUUCCAAAGCAGGAACCCGCAUUGAAAUGUUGUGUUUGCCAGACUGCUAAGCCUCCAGCCAGCAUUGUCAUGGGGACAUUACAGGGAGUAAUAAACCAUCUAGGGAGGUAUUAUUAUACAAAUUCCAGACAUCAAUCAUUUCGUUUCCCCACUUUAUUAUUUUUUUUAUUCACUGGAUAAUAAAAGUUCAGUUUGUGGUGGAUGUGGAAUGCAGGUCAGGUAUAAUCACUGGCUGAGUGAGCGGGUACCGGGUGGGCUGAUCACAAUGUGGGCACGGGUAUUAUGGCAUAUUUUUGAUUGUCACCUCACAAGGCCCUAUGACCGGACUUUGUGGCAUGCACUUUUAUGCCUGGGCCACUUUUACAUCGACCACCGGUUAACAGUGGGCUUGAAAUUCUGGGCGUGAAUUGACACGCGUGGUUACGUGGCGCUAUUUGACUACACUACACACAUAUUGGAUUUAAUACUGUCAAGGACCAACUCUUGUAGUGAAUUCUGCUUGUAAAAGAAAUUUGUGGAGCUCUUCAAACACAAAAAAGCUCCUUUUAACCAGCUGGUUGAAAUUGCCAAUCAGGAGAUCUUGUCACACCAGGGACACAGAUUUUGUCGAAAUGGCUGGAAUUUCAGGAAAGACAACUCUUGAGAGGAUCAGUUUGGGUCAUCUCAAGUGUACCAUCUGCUGCAAGCGCUUCACCGAACCCAAGCUCCUGGACUGCUUGCACAGCUUCUGCCGCAAAUGCCUGGAGGAGCAGAGGCAGGUCCAGCAGAUCAACGGCCUGAGAAUCAUCUGCUCGCUGUGCAAGCGGGAGACAUCUCUGACGGAGACGGGGAUCGAGGGCCUCCGGGAUAACCUGACCCUGACCUCACUGGUAGAGGAGGCUGGUCUUCAGGAGCAGCUCGUGGCCACUCAGCUGUCCAAGAUCAAGUGUGAGGCCUGUGAGGAGGAGCAGGAGGCCAUAUCUCGAUGCAUGGACUGUGACGAUUACCUCUGCAAGGACUGUCAGUGGGCCCACAAGCGGCUGUCCAAGAUGAAGAAUCACAAGAUUGCCACGCUGGCUGACCUCCGCACAGGGGGUGUCUCCUUCAGGAGCAAGGUCAGGGACACUAUACCAAAGUGUGAGAAGCACCCCAACCAAGACAUCUGUGACUUCUGCAUCACCUGCCAGAAGCUGGUCUGCUCUGCCUGUGCUGCUGGGGACCACAGGGCCCCCGACCAUGAGCUCAUUGAUGCUCAUGCUGCCAUGGUGACCUGCCAACAAGACCUCGGAGAGCACCUGACCCAGGCAAAAGAUCACAAGGAUGAGUUUGAAGCUGCCAAGAUUUCCACCGAUCAUGCCCGCAAGCGGCUGGCAGCCAUGGUGGCAAAUGCCACCAACAAGAUUUCCAGGAAGGCAGAGGAGGAGGUUGCCAAGAUCAGGCAAAGAGAGCUAGACCUGAAGCAGCAGGUGAAAAAGAUCGAACAAGACAGGUCAUCUGAGAUUGAAGCCUUCCAAGCUGGCUUAAUUGUCACCCUCAAGUGGUCCAAGCACACUUUGGACAUUGCAGAAGAUUUCUUGACCCAGGGAAGUCCAUUUGAAGUCCUCGAGCUGAAGCCGAAGAUCAAGUUCAUUGUGAAGGAUGUCAAAAAGAAGCAAGUUCCUCUCCUCCAGCAUGGCCUGUCCUUUGUUGACUUCAAAGACAGUGUUGUUGCCCAAGAUGGCACCUUUGGAAAACUCCUGCUGGAAGAAAAAUGGGAGAUGAAGGACGAGUUUGGCAAGCGAGGUAUAGGAGAUGGACAGUUCAUGGAAGCAAGAGGCAUCGCAGCCUUCUCCAACAAUGACCUUGCUGUAGCAGAUCCAGCAAAUGGGAGGGUCACUAUCUUCAGCUCUGAUGGAACAUACAAGAGCAGCAUCAGUGGCCCCACAGAGAACAACCCCGAUGGACAGCUCCAGAAACCCUCUGACAUCGCCAUCAGCACAGACAACCAACUGAUGGUGAUAGACACACCCGCUGUGAAGGUCUUCAACAAGCAAAGGAAGUUAACGCUCCAGUUCGUCCCCGGGAAGGUCACGACCUCACCCAUCAAGGACAACACAGAGGAGGAACCAGAGAGCGACCUCAGAUGCAUUGCCGUGGACUACAAGAACCAGAUAGCCAUCGGAGACAAGGGGAAGAAGAUUGUCUCUCUUCAUCAGGUGGAUGGCUCUCUGAUCAAGACCAUCCCAGCAGAGCUGAUUGGCAAACACCUGGCCAUCGGAAGCAUGGAGAGGAUCAUCUACACCAACCUCCAGACACGUCUGCUGAUGGCAUCCGACUUCAAGGGCCAGGAGAUCUUUUCCUUCCAUACUCUGACCCCGGAGAACCCGGCCUAUGAACCAACGGGGGUCUGCUGCGACAAUUCGGGGGAUAUCUACGUGGCCAUCCAGGCCACUGUCAAGGGUCAGAAGGGUGAGAUUCACCACUUUAGUCCCAAGGGGGAGCACAUUGCUUGUGUAGCAAGAGGCUUGAACUCCCCUUAUGGCAUCACGUUCACUCCCGAAGGAGACCUGGCAGUGGCUGACGUACACAAUGUCAAGAUUUACCAGCGUGUGUAAAAUGCAUUGCUGCAUCAAGUACAGCACAUGUUAAUGUAAGUGUACAGGACAAGUUGUGUUAGUCAUGUUAAAUUUCUCAUAAUACAUAAAUGUAAAUGAAUGCGUUUACAA